AUGUGGUCGAUGACGACGUUGAAUGUUGUGUUGGCUGGGUUCUCCAUCCUAAUGGCCAUUGUGGCAUUAGGGCUUUUGGCAUUUGUUGUCGCACGGGAUCGAUAUGUACCGAGGGAACCAGGGAAAAUUCACGGGAUUCGAGACCGCAUCAAACGACACGAGAGUGUUGUGGUGGAUUUUCGAGAUCCUUCCACGGUCCCCGACCAUUUCCUCCAACUCAACACGCUCAUGUUCAAAAAGCGAGACCGCGCCAAUAACAACCAGAUCAAAGAAGUUGAGGGUAACGAUGUGAUCCCAUUGCCCGGAAUGGAUGGAAUGAUGGCACCGAUAUCAGAGGAGGACGAGCUGUCGCAUCGAUCACCAAGUAGUGGACACAGUAGUGUCGAUAGGAAACGAACUGGGAAAGCGCAGCCAACAAUCGAGCCUCCAGCACAGCGGAUUAUCCUGAGUCUUGAGUGCGGCAAUGAGUACAGCCUAUGU